UGGCAAAAGACGAAGGAGACGACCUCUUGCCGGACAAAGAUGCAGCGAAGGGAUUUUAUGCGAAAUACGAACCCAAAGAAAUCCUUGGAAGAUCUUGGUGUAUUGCAAUCACAAUGAACGAAUCGAGGAAUUCAUAGCCUUACACAUACACAAACUAACCUGUACAAUUAUAUAAUUUGAUGAAAUUAAAUAUUCGAUAGUUUGUUAUAUAUUAAUGAAAUAAAGUCGGAAGAAUUUCGAAAGGAUAAUUUGAUAUACACAGCAGGUUACAUACAGGUUAAGUUGCAUUGACGUACAAAAAUUGUUAUUCAACAAAUGUUUAUAUUUAGCAAUAAUCAAACACAAAACCUGUACUGCUUAUGAAUCAACAAACGAUGACAACAUUCACUGCUGUUUUAAACAAUUAAUGAAUUUAAAGCUACUUGACUUUACUAAGGAAAUUAGUAAUUUUUAGUUUAAUGAAUAUUGGAUUAGUAUUUGUCACAAACUAAAUGAUGCUUUGACAUUUACAGAGGAAUAUCUUCCACUGUAAGAAGAUGUAUAGAAAAAGAAACAGGUAUAGAAUAUGCCGCUAAAAUCAUAGAUAUUAGUAAUGAAACUAACGAGGAUGGUCAUACUAUGAAAGAUGCCACGUUACAAGAAGUGCAUAUUCUUCGUAGGGUAGCUGGCCAUCCUUAUAUUAUUGAAUUACAUGACGUCUUCGAGUCCAAUACAUUCAUAUUUUUAAUAUUUGAAAUUUGUAAAAAUGGAGAACUAUUUGACUACCUCACGUCUGUUGUUACUCUUUCUGAGAAGAAAACAAGGUAUAUCAUGAGACAAGUUUUCGAAGGAGUUCAACAUGUACAUAAUCAAGGGAUAGUUCAUAGAGAUUUGAAACCAGAAAAUAUAUUACUUGAUGAUAGUUUAAAUGUAAAAAUAACUGAUUUUGGAUUUGCGAGAAUGUUGAAAGCAGGAGAUAAAUUAUAUGAUCUUUGUGGUACUCCAGGAUAUCUUGCACCGGAAGUACUUAAAUGCAACAUGUUUGAAAAUGCGGAAGGCUAUGGCCAUGAAGUGGAUAUAUGGGCCUGUGGAGUAAUUAUGUUUACAUUGUUAGUUGGUUGUCCCCCUUUCUGGCAUAGAAAGCAGAUGGUUAUGCUUAGGAAUAUUAUGGAAGGAAAGUACUCAUUUACAUCUCCAGAAUGGGCAGAUAUAACAGAAGCUCCAAAAGAUCUGAUACGAAAGUUACUAGUUGUUGACCCCAAGAAAAGAAUUACUAUUAAAGAUGCUCUGGAGCAUUCGUUUUUCCAUACAGUGCUGUGGGAUCAAGACAUCGCUCCUCUAAAACGUUCUCUAUCGACUAAUUCGCGACGUCUGAGUAGGAUUUCUCAGUUAGCUUUGGAAUUAAAAGCGAAAUCGUUUAAUGCAAGGAAAAGAUUCCAGUUAGCAAUCAUUUGUGUUCGUGCAGCAGUUCGUAUUAAACGACUUCACAUAACACCAGAGCCUCUCUCGACUCAAGUGGCAUGCACCGAUCCUUACCGAAUAAAAAUUUUACGGAAGGUUAUCGAUGGUUGUGCAUUCAGAGUUUAUGGUCAUUGGGUGAAAAAAGGCGAAGGACAAAAUCGGGCUGCUCUAUUUGAAAACACGCCAAAGACGGAACUCAAGCACCUGUAUGUUAGUAAUUUAAGCAGAUAACCAAUGCUUUAAUAAAGCAUUAUUUAGUUAAAAUUAUUAAUUCUUAUAUUAGUUACGUUUACAGUAUCUAAACAAAAUAUCAAAUACGAAAAGAUGAAAAAAUAAUUUAUAUAAAAGGGUGAAACAUAUAUAGUUCUCUGUUUGUUUUUGAUUAUAGCACGAAUCAUUGUUUAAACCAUUUUUACAGGGAUUAUAAAGUAUUCUUCCCUUUUUUGUCAAUGAAUUGGUGAUAUUACGACAUGAUUUUGAAUUGUAUCCAACACUGUUGAAAACAAAUGUUAAACUAUUUAGUUUAUGAAUUUGUUGCCAAUUUUAGGGAUUUUUAACGUAGUCUAAUUUAUUGUUUUAAAGUAUAGUGAUGCUCAAUAAACGUAAGCUAAAUCCAACGUUUAAAAAAAAAUGUUCAGAAUUGUGGAUAAUUUUUUUUUUUUUUUUUUGUUUUUGUCUUUAGUAGUAUGCUGUAAAUCAUUAGCAUCGCACCCUUGGAGUGUACUUUGUGUCUAGAUAAAGUAUUAAAACAGUAAAGUAUCAAAACAGUUUGAAACUAUUUAAAAUUGUUAAUGUGUUUCUUUACAGUAUUUUUUGCUCUUUUCGUAGCACAAUAUAAGAAGUAACUUAUUUUCAAAACAAUAAAUAUGUUUAAAAAUAAACCUUUGCAUGUGCUAAAAAAGAAAAUAAGACUUACAACAAGUAUAUACGAAAUAUAGAUGCUGGUGCUAGUACGUACAAACAUAACAUAAUGUGACCUAAAUGUAGGAAAUUGUUUUGUUCCAUGACUCUUAUGUUUGUACGUUUCUAUAAAAUAUACUCGAAAGUUGUGUAUAUAAAUGUCGUAUAAUUUAUUACAAAUCAGCAACACACAAAAAAGUUUGUACUAAUUAUUAUUACAAUAUAUUCUUGAUGUUCUAUCAUUUCAGUUUGAUAUUACCAGCAAAGAAAAUUUAAUGAUCUGUAAAAAAUGUAACAAAAUCGUACAGGAAAAAAGUUUAAUGUGAUUUAAAAAUAGUUUAAUUUAUAUAAGAAUUGUCAAGGCUAUAUGUACAGUACAAGAUCUAAAAAAGUUAGUAGACAAAUUGAAAAUAUUAAUUUCUUGUAAUUAUAAAUACAUUCAAAUUUGUAUUGUUGAAAAAAUGUAUUCCAUACUAAUAUUAUUUACUAAGAUCUGUAUGUAGAUUGUAGUAUACGAUUUAUGCAAAUUCUAGUCAUAUUUUGUACUGCUGAAUUUGUUUUAGAUUAUAAAAUAUGAAAACUGUAUGGAGCUAAUUUUUUUUAAAUAAUAAAAUAAUAAUUAUAUGCUUCCGAAUAAUUUUAAAAAUUUGGUUUAAAUUAAACUUAAUACAUUGUUUAAACGGUAAUAACGAGUAAUUAACACAUGUAAACGUUUUAAUCAAUCUAUUUAUAUACAGUAUACAUAUUUUGUGCAUACGCAUAU